AUGGCUAUUGAAACACUGUUACAAAACAAUAAUAAAAGUUUAAAAGAUUUCAAGCCAAUGCCAUAUCCAAAAGAUUUUGUGGUUUCCUUUAUAGGAAAUAGGCUUCUUUAUGAUGAGCGUCAAUACAAUGUUGUUGAACAACAACAAAUUUUUGCUAAUUUGUACUCUUCUCUUACAGAUGAGAAAAGAACCAUUUAUGAGGAAAUAAUGGUUUCCGUACAAAAACAACGAGCUGCACUUAGGUGUCAGAAAAAAAUUGUCUUGCUUGUUGCCUCAAGUGGGAUUGCAAGUUUGUUGCUACCAGGUGGAAGAACAACUCAUUCUAGGUUAAAGAUUCAUGUCCCUACUUUAGAAACUUCUACUUGUAACAUUAACAAAAAAGAUGAUUUUGCUGAGCUUCUAAAGAUGACAGAUCUUAUCAUAUGGGAUGAAGCUCCUAUGGCUAACAAAUUUUGCUUUGAGUCUCUUGAUAAAUCCUUGAAAGAUAUUAUGAGUGGAAUGCCACAUGCAUCUCAUAAAAUAUUUAGAGGUAAGGUUGUUGUGUUUGGUGGUGACUUCAGACAAAUUCUCCCUGUUAUACCAAGAGGUACUAGAUCUGAUAUUAUCCAUGCAACAAUCAAUUCUUCUUAUAUUUGGGAUCACUGUAAGGUCUUGAAGCUUACAAAGAACAUGCACUUACAAUCUGGUGCAACUACUUUUACUACCAAUGACAUUAGGAGCUUUUCAUAG